CCUAGCUGCUGUGCUGCAAUCCAUCGUCCUUGAGGGUCAAGCGCAAAAAUUUCAACUUGUAGUUUUUGGCAAGGUUACGAUUAGCAAGAAGGCGCCGGCCCGGCGACUGCUUUUUCUUCGUGUGACAUCAUUCCGAAGAGUACAGGAAAAAACAUACAGAUCACGCAGCUUCCUGGUGCUUUUUUUUCCACGAUCUUCACUCCACCGCAGCGCUGUACUUUCUACUGCAAGAAGAAGAUAUAUCCUUAUCUGAAUUCAAGGUCGUAAUCUUAUCCUGCUAUCUGAUGAUGCACAUGCAACAUGAUCAACAAGAACGACAACGACUAGCAUGCGAAUCAUAGACUUCUGCAGGCCGUCGCCGUCACCCACAGAACUCUCACUUUCUCGUUGAUUUUCAUUUAGUCGUAGAAGUACUCAUGGUCAUGUAGGAAGAAGAAGAACAACAUUACAGAGAAUUUCAAUUUUUCAAUCAGAAUUAGAUUCUGGUAGUAGCCAAAAUAACUCGUUGUUCCGCUCGCAGGACAGAGACACCCAAAAAACCGAAAAGAUGGAUCAGACAAGGCAGGUGGCAGAGAUGCAGAACCAGCUGAAUCUCGCGGUUGUGCAGAUGUUGCAGCAGCAGAUCCAGAAGACCUGCUUCGAGAAGUGCUUUCCGAAUGGGCAAUCCAGCUUUCCGGAUUCGCUCGGAAAACCGGACCAGAUUUGCCUUGCAAAAUGCAUGGAUCGGAUGAUCGAGGCACACUCGAUUGUCGUCAAAGCCUCGACCGAAAUGGCCCAAAAUCUGCAGACUCAAUAGCAACGUCGUGCCGCACAGUUGUGCACUGUCUUACUCGACGGCGGAAGGAGCAGAAAACUACACGCUGAAAAAAGAAAACUAGCGACAUUUGAGAUGAAGAUGAUCGAGGGGUAGUUCAACACGUACCGGCAGCACGCGGUAGUACUGCUAAGGAAUCAGUAUGGGCAGGUUGUUGAGGCCGCGAGCAGCUGCGUCAUCCGACGUAUGAAUCUCGGUUUACAGCAUCUCAGACGAAAGCCAUUACGUCGGGAUCAGUCACUUUAGUACCUUGACCUGCUGACGUAAAACCUCGAAAACGACCGACUAUGUGCGACUUUCUCUUGUUCUUUUUGCUUCUUCUAUGGAUUUUCGAAUGCUUGUGCUUCUAUAAUACUUGGCACCACGUCGUCCAUGUCCUCUCACUUUGGACAACCGGCGACGACGAGCUCGAGCUGGAUCGAAUGCAAUGAGGCUCUAGAAGACGAGAACUGACUCCGAACUUGAAGGGAGCCAACAACUCUUCCGACUCCCACCUUCGUUGACCAACAACGAUGCAG